AUGGCGAAACCUGCUUCUGAUACCAACGCGGCCACGGCCACGGCCCCCGUGAAGUACAAUGUCGGCUGGCGCAGAGUUGUUCGCAAUUUUAGUCCCUCGUGGUUUGCUGUCACAAUGGGCACCGGUAUUGUGUCGGUACUACUCAACUCGGUGCCAUUUCACACGAGGGUCUUGUACUAUCUUUCCAUCGUCUUUUACAUCCUCAAUGCCGGCAUCUUUGUAUUGGCAUUAGCCACCUCUAUUCUGCGAUACACUUUGUAUCCAGAGAUCUGGCCAGUGAUGAUUCAAGAUCCUACAAACUCUCUAUUUCUGGCGACGGUCCCCAUGGGCUUCGCGACACUGAUCGAGAUGAUUUCUCAGCGUCACAUAACCUCAUUGGACCGCAUCACUGCACUUCAGUUGUUGCCCAUUGCCGCGACAAUCGUCGCUGCCGGUGCAGGUUCUAAAGUCGCUGAUAUUCUUCCUAACCAACAACAUGCAUUAGGCACUCUACUUGCUUCCUUUGUACUCUGGGGAAUGGGGACCCCACUCGCCAUCGUUGUGUUGGUCAUCUACUAUCAGCGGCUGGCGGUCCACAAGCUUCCCCCGCGAGAAAUGAUCGUGAGCUGCUUCCUACCUUUGGGACCGCUCGGAUUCGGUGGCUUUGGCAUUCUUUAUAUUGGGAAAGUCGCGCGAAAGCUGCUCGAGGGCUCCGAUAUUUUAGAUCCCAUCGCAGGUCCUAUGGCUUAUGUCCUUGGUGUAUUCAUAUCCUUGAUAAUGUGGAGCUUCGGCUUGAUCUGGCUAGUCUUUGCGCUCGCCACUGUUGUGUACAGCUCUCCUUUUCCAUUUAACAUGGGCUGGUGGGGCUUUACAUUCCCCUUGGGGUUUAUGCGGCCAAUUCAAUAG